UGGUUUCCGCUCUGGGCCGCUCUAGGCUGCGCAGGAGGUGACGGGACGUCGGUAGCCACCUUUCUAGGCGGCGGGAGGCUCCCGAGGGCGCCUCGCUGGUCGCGCGGCCAGCCAUGGUGCUGCUGCGGAAGGCGCUGGUCGUCGUCGCAGCGCUGGGCGCCGGGGCUGGGCUGGGCUCCGCGCUCUUUGCGCUCGUGACCCCAGGAGAGCUGCGGAAGCAGGCGAUGCUGAAGGAGAUGCCGGAGCAGGACCCGCGGCGCAGGGACGAGGCGGCCAGGACCCAGCAGCUAGUAAUGGCCACUCUGCGAGAGUCUGUGGCCACGCAAGAGAACGUGGCCUGGAGGAAGAACUGGAUGGUCAGCGGAGGCGGGAGGUCAGCGUGAGACUGGACCUGUCUUCAUGGGCGCGGAGACCUUGGCUUGGGCGCGGGAGUCCAAGGCGACCUUUCCCCCUGCAUGGGCCCAGCGGGGACUGGAGGCCAGGGAUGCCGCUCCCAGGACUCCGCGGGCCCCGGGGAGUAGCCCCGGGUGCGCACGUUCCCCCUAACUCCUGCCCUGAUUGCUCGCAAGUCCACGUCUCCGGCCGAGGCCGAGACACGGGGAUGGAAUGUGACGAACUGAAGGAACCAAUAAACCCCGUCCCUCCGC